ACCUAUAAAAUGGCUCUGUUAUAUAAACAGUCGGUUGGUAACGGUGAGCUAAAGAAUGUACAGUGUACUUCGAUUUCAUGCUAAAUUUGAAUGAGAUCUUUCAAAAGCAUUCGAUUUGCAACUGAGCAAGACAGCUUGGCAAGCUAAAAUGAGGGAGAUCAUCAUCUAUAUAAGGAUCUUAUUUUUAUUGAUUAUUUUGGAAGACUGUUCUCUUAUCAGUAAUGGGGAACCAAAUAAUUCUCGAUCCAUGUGUUCUUGUGGAGUUGUGAAUAGAGUGAUCCCUUUGAUUGUUGGUGGAAGGAAAAUAUCUUUCAACAGAUACCCGUGGUUGGUGCUGGUGAAUUUUCGGAAUAAUUAUCAUUGCGGAGGCACACUGAUCAGCAGCCAACACGUGCUCACAGCUGGGCAUUGUGUAUCAUUUGAUGAUGAAGAAGCCGUUACUCCCGAACAUUUAUCAGUUGUUCUUGGAGCACAUAACUUAUUGAAUGACGAUGAGCAUUCAAGGAUUUACAGAAGAGUUGAAGCCAUCAAACUACAUGCAAAUUUCCACGGCGAUGAAGUGCACGAUGUGCAUGAUAUUGCAUUGUUAAAAUUAGAUAAGGAAGUCACAUAUAGUCGGCAUGUUGGACCAGUGUGUUUGCCAGGAGCUUUGGAUGAGAACCUCUACAAAAUCCCAAAAGGAAAAGUUAUAGGAUGGGGAUCUAAAAAUUACAAUGGAUUCAUCUCUAAAAUACCCUCAGAAGUGGAACUAGACAUACUUUCUCAUGAGGAAUGUGAGAAGGUCAAUGAAUAUGAUUUUGAUAAGCACUUUAUUGAAGAAAGAGGGUCUAUGUUUUGUGCUUAUACAUACAAACAUGAUGCUUGUAAGGGUGACAGUGGUGGACCGUUUGUAGUGGAAAACGGUCAAAACCGAAUAGUCCAAAUAGGUAUAGUAUCUUGGGGUAUCAAAUGCGCCAAAAAAGGUAUACCUGGAGUUUACACAAAACUUACAUCUUACAUAAAUUGGAUAGAAAAGAAUGCAAACAUUUCUAUUAAUUCUUGCAAUUUUUUAUGAAUUAAAAUGGUAUGAAUUAAAUAGUCAUUGAAAAAUAGCUUAUGGUAUAUUUUUUCAGCUUCAACUCAUCAACAGAAAUAUUUUUAAAUUAGCCUUUGCUAGUUUAUAUGUAUUCCUAAAUAAUAUUUACAAUUUA